AUGACACGAGACGCAUCCACCGGGAUCACGGUGAUAGUCGUGGGUCUGGGCAUUGCGGGACUCAGCGCCGCCAUUGAAUGCCAUCGACAGGGCCACAAGGUGAUUGGACUGGAAAAGAAAGGGGAUGCGCAUCAACUCGGGGACAUCAUUGGCCUCAGUGGAAACGGUCUCAACGUCCUCUCGCGUUGGUCAUCCGCCGAUGAGUCGAUCAUCUCCCGUCUUGCUGCUGUUGGCAGCGAACUGAGCUCGGUUGAGGUAUACAGUGACGCAGGCGAGUGCAAGCAUGUCAUUCCCUUUGGUGCCGAUGACCCGGCCCAGGGACUGUUCUUGCGUCGGUCCGACCUGGUUGAUGCGAUGUAUCAGUAUGCCACGACCGAGCUAGGACUGGACCUGAGGUUCGGCGUGACUGUAGACGAGUACUGGGAGACGGAGACCGAGGCUGGUGUGACCAUCAAUGGUAAGGAGAAGAUCACCGGACACUGCGUGAUUGCAGCAGAUGGCCUGUAUAGCAAAGCUCGGGCCAUCAUUACAGGCGAAGAGCCCCUCGGGGAUGCUGCAGCGCUUCUGCAGACGGGAGGAGCCAUCUUCCGAUCGAACUUUGAUGCCAGUGAGGUGAUCAACGAUCCGGAUGCGCGUUGGGUGCUGGAGGGCACUGCAGAGCACGAUCGCCAUGAGAUCUACUUUGGCCGAGACGUGACGAUCCUCGUGGGAACGAUUGGCAAGGGGAAAUAUGUCUGGUGGAACUGUCCUCAUCGGGACGUGGCCAAGGCAACUGAGAACUGGGUGCAAGAAGCCACUGUGGACCCUGUUCUUGCAUAUAUCCAGGACUGGCCGAUAGCCAAGAAGCUCAGCGCUGUCAUCUCCAAGACUCCCCAAGGAAAAUGCUUCAAUCAUGCCCUCGUUACCCGAAAGCCACUGGGAACGUGGGUGUCCCCGAAAGGCCGCAUGAUUCUGAUCGGAGACGCUGCUCACCCGUUUCUGCCGCAUACAGGGCAAGGGGCCAACCAGUCGAUCGAAGAUGCAGCCGUAGUGGCCAUCUGUCUUCGACUAUCCUCACUGGCAGCAGAGGAUGGUGAAGGCGAUGGCGUUCCACUCGCUCUGCGUGCCAUGGAAAAGCUGAGACACAAACGGGUCACGGUCAUCCAGCAAGGCUCGAUCGAGGCCCAAGAGGUCACCCUCGAGGCCGAUCUGGAUCAAAACGCAUCCAACGAUCGCUUCAACGCGAUCGCACGCCCAGGCUGGAUCCACUGUUAUGAUUGUGUUAGCCAUACCCAUGAAGAAUUCGAUCGAGUGGCUGAGGCCGUGAGAAAGGGAACCGAGUACAUCCCAACCAACGUUCCAGUGGAUGGAAAAUUCCAUGCAGAGGAUGAUUAUCGCCUGGCCAAGGGCACAACAGAAUAA